CCUGUUACUGACAGUACAUACUUACGUAGAAAUGAUACAGUGUUAUUUACAUGUCUGACAGCUGAUUGCAUGAUAUAUUUUGUCUAUAUUUACCAUAUUUGGUUAAAUAUAUUGGAUUUAUAAUUUUCGAGACUUUUUACAGUGUAAAUAAUGUAACUGUGGUAAAGUUUUCGUUGAUAUUCGUAGCUAUAGUGGAAAUUUUCCUCGCUUUUGAAACAUUUGUGGAUUUACUUAACCCAGAAUUGGAUAUUUAAACAAAAUACUGUAUAAAUAAUAUACGGGUGUUCUGUAACACCGCUCGUCAAGGUAAACAAUGGGUUCCAAAAAGGAUCCGAUGUCUUUAGAUCAAUGUUUGGGAGCCAUAAAGCAAAAGCAGACUGCCAUACAAGACAUCCCAUUUUGUCAUAACCAGAUAGGAGUACAGCAACAACUUGACACACUGCGAGAAGAGACUGAGGAUUUGAGACCCGUAAAAAGAAAAGUUGAUGAAUUUCGAAAAUCUAAGAAACACACAAAAGAAGUACCUGUCCUAGAGUCGGAAUAUGCUCUCUUAGAGGACCAAGCUCUACAGAAGAAGCGAUGUUUGGAGUCAGUCCUGUAUGUCAGUGAAGUCGAGAAUCUCUUUCAGAAUGUACAAACCGAGUUUGAAGAGAGAGCACUAUACCUCACAGAGAGGAGAGGAGUUUUCGACAGUAUAUAUCGGAGAGAACAUAUGGAAAACUCAUCUAGAAUGCAUAGGGACUGUGUAUACACACUUAGGAAGAGUUGGAAUUGGCUAGGAACUGUGGCUAGAUGCAUGGAGAUUCACCUAGCAAAUGCUUCUGAAUAUCACCAAUUUUUCCAUGACUCGCAGUACCUGUAUGAGGAUAUGCAGAUUUACCUGUCGUGGCUGAACUCUGAGAACAUGAGAGAAAGAGUAGAAACGCUGGAACCUAGUACCAUGAUCAAACAUAUUAGGGAUGUGACAAAUAGAUUACUGGACUACCAGUCUCGUGUUGAAAAACUCAAUGACAGAAGUAAAGAAGUGUACCCCAUACAUUUAAGAAAAGAUAUUGAAGAGUAUGGCAUCAAAGGGAGAGCACUGGUUGAUUACCAACAUCAAGAGGUGACCUUGAAAGAUGGGGAAGAAUGUAUCAUCCUGAACAAUACAGACUCAGACAACUGGCAGAUUCGAUGUACAGAUGGUACUGAGGCAGAGGUUCCAGGAAUUAUUCUUGUUAUACCACCUCCAGACAAGAAGGCAUGCAUUGAGGCAGAUAGAGCCAAAGAUCAGCUUGUUGUCAACUGGGAGACAACUCUAAAAAGAUUGAGAACCCAGCUUACACAGUAUCUAACAUCUUCUGCUGAAGAUACUACAGUUAAAGAGUUUUACAGUAUAUCAGCCAAUCAGAAAGCAGAUCUUAUGAGACUUAUGAAUGAAGCUGUUCAGGUGCUCAGACCAGACCAAACCGAGGAUGAUGUAGACUACCGCGACCUCGUCUCUCAGGCAACAAGCUUCCGUAAGAUCCUGAGUCAAGUAAAACCAAGCUCCAAAGACACCCAGAAUGGUACAACGUUAACAUGGCAAGCCAAUGCAAAGACACUGACCAUAUAUAAGGAGUUUAUAACAUAUGCCAAGGCCUACAAUAAAAAUUUACACAACACGAGAGAGAAGACAGGAGUGUUGUUACCAGAUCUGACAGGACCGACAUACGCCUCGAAGGCUUAUUUUGAAAUGGCUCUUCCGGUUGUGGACAUUGAUGUUCAAACAAAGCAGAUGUCAAUCACCAGGGUGCGGUCGGAGCUGUAUAUACAUGAGAGACGUCAUGGUAAACCUCCCGUACCUCCUCCAAGACGUAGACAGAAAUUGCGACGUGUAGCAUCAGCUAUCGGAGGAGAUAGUGCUGCUGCAAGUGGAGUACUCCGAGAUACAAAAUCUUUUGUAAUUGCUGGUGUGAUUGAUCCCCGUACAAAGCAACAACUGAGUGUGUUCCAGGCAUUGUCAAAUGGCAUUUUGGAUCAGGUCAAUGGGACAUAUAGGAAUCCUGAUACGGGUGAAGUUAUGUCCAUACCGGAAGCCAUCCAGAGAGGCCUGAUUAUUGCCGACUUUAAAGAACAUCACCAGAAUGGACACGCAAUUAAUGGAGGAUUUACUCCAAUGAAAAAUAAGAUGCAGACGGUCAUGUAUCCGGUUGAAGGCGUCAUUGACCCCAAAACUGGAGAAUGGAUUGGGGUUAAGGAAGCGAUUACUUCAGGGAUAAUUGAUCCAAGGACUGGUUCUUACACAAAUCCGCUCACAGGAGAGAAAAUGAGCAUCCUAGAAGCAGUUCAGAAUGGAUAUCUGGUCGCAGACCCCUCGUUACUAGAUGAAAUAACGGAAGAAAAUGGAAUGUAUACGUGUGUUGAUUUUUCAGACGUUUCGUACGAUGUGCAGUCAGUUGUAAAUCCAAGCACUGGUGAAGAAUUAACAUUAAAACGUGCAAUACAGGAUGGGGUUAUAGAUCCAAUGAAUUCUUUGUAUCGUAAUCCACAUACGGGUGAAACUAUGGCUUUAGCAGACGCAAUCAAAAAAGGAUUUAUUAAGGUGCGACCUGUGGACUCCAGUACUCCGAGUGAGAAUAUAUUGACAUUCAAACAGCUUCAUAUUAAAAAGCAAAAGUUUGUUCCAGGUGCUGGGGAUAUUCUUGAAGGAUUGGACGAGUAUGACGGAGAAGAGCGUGAUCCAAACAAAAAAUUAGCGAACAAACUAAGAUCGAAACAUGAUGUGUCUGUUCCCUUGAUGAAAAAUUCAGGAAAGCGUGAAAUCUCGUUGGAAGAAGCAGUUUCUCAAGGUUUAAUUGAUUUUGCAAAGAACCAGUUUAAACUGCCUGGACAGGAACCUAUGUCUAUUGAAGAAGCUGUUCAGAAAAAAUUAGUGUCGCCUAAAGCGGCUAAGCAAAUUCUGGAUGUUUAUAAAGAUAAUUCAUUGGGCCAUCUGAUUGACGAAGGAAAAUUCGAUCCAGAUACUGGUCUUGUAACUGACCCUAAUACCGGACAUACCAUUUCUCUUCAAGCUGCUAUUUCGCAGAGAAUUAUUGACCCAAACUCUGUCUUUCUUUUUGAUAAUAAUUCUGGAAAAGUUAUUUCGCUCGCAGCUGCCAUUGAAAAUGGACUGUUCAAUCCAGAAACUGGAAAAUUUGUUGAUCCGAAAACGGGUGAAGAAAUGACACUAUCUGAUGCUGUUUUGAAGGGGUUAGUGCAAACACACAUCAAUCCUGACAAAAUUGUGGAAAGUAAUGAAAUGUUAUCAAAGUUAAGUCAGUUAACAGAUCCAAGUGUAAAAUGUGUCGUUUCACCCUUGUCUGGUGAAGAAAUUUCUUUGGAGGAUGCAAUUAAACAAGGCAUAUUAGAUUUGAAAAAUGGACAAUACGUUAAUCCAGUAACAGGGGAGGUAAUGCCACUAGCAGACGCAAUAAAGGCGGGAAAAAUUGAUCCACGUUUAUGUGUUCCAUUAUUAGAGGCAUUGAAUGAUAUGUCUUUGAAAGAUUUAGCCGACAGGGGCAUAAUUAAUUUGAAAAAUGGGGUAAUUACAGACCCUAAAACGGGUCAGAGGAUGACGAUGGCGGAAGCAAUUGAAAAUGGAAUUUUCGAUCCGAAUAGUGUGAUGUUAGUUGAUAACGAAACUGGAAAUAUCGUAAGCUUGGGUUCACUCAUAGAUUCAGGAAUAUUCGAUCCAGAAAUUGGCAAAUUUCGUAACCCACAAACCGGAGAGGUUAUGUCCUUGCAAGAAGCGAUCGAUCGCGGUUUGAUAGAUACAGAAAUAAAUCCUGACGUAUUUGCGGAUACUUCCUCAACUUUACGCGACUUGAUUGACAGUAACCGUGUUAACCCAAGAACAACAAGUUUCAUCGCACCAAAUGGACAGAAGAUGUCUUUAAGGGACGCACUUGCAAAUGGUUUCCUCACAAUGACCUCCAAGGUCAAGGUUGAUCCCGCUAGUGGUGAUGUCAGCCUGGCCUCGGAGGAGGAGGAAGUUGUUCAGAGUUUGCUCGAUAUCAAAGAUAAGUCAGAAUGGCUGCAGGAUAUAGAGAGAAGACUAGCCCAGCAUAAACCUCCCAGUGAAAGGUUGGAAACACUGGAAAAGCAGCGUGAAGAUUGUCAUGACCUAAAACAAGGUGUAGAAGAGAAGGAAGCAGAUAUUAAUCAGUCUAUAGAACAAGCUGAGACUCUGGUUGAAAACAACAAAGCUGAUAAAAAAGAUGAAGGUGCUCAACAAUUACAAAAACUGAAGUCUAGCACAACUGAUUUGAGAGUUCGACUUGACUCUGCUGCCAAUGAAGCCAGUAAACGUUGCAAGCGUUUGGAUGACAUGUGUGAUGAUCUGGAAGAUUUCUACGGCAAGUUACAAGAGUUAGAUCAGUGGUUGGAUCAUGCAUUUGAGCGUACAGAAGACCUUCAGUCAUCCAAGAAUGGAAUUGACGUACAGUACAGUAACUUCAAGGACUUUGUUGAAGAGCUUCAAGGGAAGGAAGAAGAAAUGUCAAAGGUCAUCAAGAUGGCUGACAACUUCAAAGAAGAAGCACAGGAUUUCGAAAAAGAAGCUGAAAAUUUCAAGAAGCGUCUGCAGUUUAUGCCGCCGAUCCAAGAAGAGGGAGAUAACCAGGUCAUAGAUGAUGAACUAGAGGCACUGGAAGCUAAAUACAAGGACAUUUCCCGCAAGUGUGCUAAACACUUGGAAAAACUCUCCGGUCUUGUAAAAUACAAAAAGACAUUUGAUGACCUGAAUGACAAACUUGCAAAUGUUUAUCCAACAAUUGAGCAAGCUCUUACUAACAUUGAUGAAGAAUCAUUUGGUAAAAAUCCAGAUGAGGAUAAGAAAAACUACGCACAACUUAAAGAUCUGAAAGGUGAUUUGAUUGGUCAAGAGAGGAAAUUGAAAGACUUUACAAAUGCAGCAGAUAAAUUGGUUGCAGGUUUGAAUGAAAUGGGUAUGAGACAUAAAGCGGAUGAUGUAAAAAAGAAGGUAGAAGAUACAAGAGAAAAACAUGAUCUUCUGAGUGAGGAAAUUGCUGAAAAAGAACAACAGUUGGAUACUGCAGUUUCUCAGCAACAGAGUGUGGUUAAUAGAUUAGAAGGUUUGAAAAACUGGGCAGCAGAAGCGGAAAAUGUUCUAGACGAAAGACCUCUAAUAAGUUUGGACAAAGACAAACUAAAUCAACAGAUACAGGAUCAAAGAGUUCUGGCUGCAGAAAUUGAAACAAAUAAAGGAUUGAUUGAAAGAUUGUCGCAUGAAGCUGCAGGUACAUCAUCUGCUCAAGAUGCUGAAGAAGCUUUAGCAGACUUAAGUGAGCUUCUAACUGAACUGGAACACAAGGCUGAAAUACGAAUGUAUGAAUUAGAAGAGGUUCUCUCAAGUAUGAAUGAGAUUGAAGGAAAUAUGGUCAGUGUUGAUGGAUGGGUCACUGAAGCUAUCAAAUCUCUAAAAACUAAACCAAAAGGUACUACACAGAAAGCUAUGAAAGCCAAGGUGGACAUGUUGUAUGGAGAAAAGCGUGAAAAAGAGUUUGAUAUGGAGAAUUUACGGAACACUUCUCGACGUUUGAUGGAUGAUGACAGGGUCUGUGAUCAGUUUGUGAUGAAAGAAGGUCUUACAGAGGUUGAGGCUAAGUGGCAUGAGUUGACAGAGUUGCUUGUUCAACAAGUGUCAUUAGAGGCCCUGACAGAGGUAGAUGGUAUGUUGAAAUAUCUAGACAAGGCAGAGAAUGAAAUCAAUACUGCAGAACCUAUCAGCAUUGAGCCAGAAACACUUGGAGUACAGCUUAAAGAAAAUGUGUCAUUCAAUGCGGACCUGAAUGAAAAGCGAAAUGCAGUCAAAGAUAUCAUUAACAAAUGCAACAAAAUGUUAAGAGAAACAACAAACGCACAGACAGAUGAAAUUAAAAGCCGACUGGAAAGCAUCAAAGCUCAGGCUGACAUAGUAUGCCACCUGAGUGCAGACAGAUUGCAGCAGUUGGAGGCAGCGUUACCUCUGGCGACAUCUUUCAGUGAGAGUCAUGCUGAGGUUGCUGGCUGGCUGGAUGAGAUGGAAGCAGAGUUGAAGGCUCAAGGAUCACCUGGUGAUACAUUGGAACAAGUCAAGAAACAGUAUGAAAAUCUUAAGACUACCCAGCAGAUAAUUGAAGACAGAAAACCAUUUAUUGAUGAUUUGAAUGCCACUGGUUUAGAGCUGAUGGAGCUAUGCGGAGACAGUGAUGCUGGAGAUAUACAGACCAAACUUGUCAACGUGAAUGAAAGGUUUGAGAAAUUGAAACAUGAGGCGAGGGGAAAACUCAGAGAAAUGGCCGACACUAGACAGAAUAUGACCCAGGAGGUAUCUGAUGGAUUGGAUAACUUGUUGGAGGAUCUUUCAAGUUUGAACAGAAUCAUUGUAAAUGCUGACCCAAUACCAGCCAGUCCUGACAAACUGAAGGAUGACAUUGAAGAAAAUAAGGUAAUAAUGGAAGAGCUAGAGAGAAGUAGACCACAUAUACAGAAAGCAAUAGAAAUGGCCAAGAAAGUUGUAGCUCAAGGCAAUGAAGAUGAAAUUGAAGCUGCAGAUAUCAAACAGAAAAUCUCCGAAUUGAAUGGAUUGGCCAAUCAGAUCAAAGAAGGUGCUCAGAGUCGUGAAGGAGCUUUACAAGAUGCUCUUGAAGUUGCUGAGAAGUUCCAUGACCUCUGUGGGGAUACCAUGGGAAACUUGCGGGAUCUUAAGGACAACAUGAUCUCCCAGGAGCCACCUGGUGUAGAUCCACAGACAGUCAAAGAACAACAGAAGGAGUUAAAGGAACUUAGAAAGGAACUUGGUAAAGCAAGACUCUCACUGGAUGAAUGCAGACAAAAGGGAGAACAGUUAGGUACCCUUGUCGGCGAUCCUGGACUCAUUGAGAUACGUAAAACUCUGGAAGAUAUCCAUCAUCUUGCUGAUGAUGUCCAUGAUAUUGCUAAAGAAAGAGAUGAUGAUCUUAGAGCGGCUCUAAAUCAUGCUGAUAAAUUUCAGCAGUUACAAGAGUCACUGGAGGAAUGGCUGCCAGUUGAAGAGCAUAAGUUGGCAAAUAUGAAACCCAUCUCCAAUGACCUAGAUACUCUGCAGAAACAAGUUGAUGAACUAAAGUUUUUCAAGUCCAAUGUUCACCCGCAUGUUACUGAAGUUCAGCAGUUGAAUCAAGAGUUAGCUGCCCUUAAAGAUAUGUCACCUGUUGCCGCGGAAACCCUACAACGUCCAGUAGAAUCUAUCAAUGCAAAAUGGGCAGAUAUGGUACAAGCCAUAUCUGAAAGAGAGGUUAAAGGUCACAUUUCUUUGGCAAACCUUCAGGAAAUGCAGUGUAAGGCUGGGGAUAUAGAACGAGGUAUGCUUGAUGUAACAAACUCACUGGAGAAAGCAAUGACUGAACUGAACCUUAUGGAUAUUGCCACCGGUGACCCCAAAUGUCUGGAGAAGCAUCUGAAAAAAUUGAAUCUCCUUCAGUCGGAUGUGAAAGGUCAAGAGCGAGCCUCAAGAAAGCUUAAUAAAGCUUUGGAUGAUACUCUCUCCAGGGGAGGUCAGGAAAGUCCACAGUUGAGAGGUGUUCAGGAAGAGAUGAACGAAAUGUUAAGAAGAGUUCAGGCUGAUUCUAAAGACAAAGAGGCUAAAAUGCAGGAAAAAUUGAGACAGGUGAAGAAAUAUGUCGGAGAUGUGGAUGACAUGAUACAGUGGAUCAGUGAUCUGAGAACCGAGCUCAAAUCAAACACUCCUUUUGGUGCUUUACCCGACACUGCCAAAGAACAAUUUGAAAAGUUCCAGGAAAGACAUCAAGAAUUACAGAAGAGGGAAGAGCCAACUAAAGCGUUGCUUGAGAAAGGCCAAGAGUUUGUAGAGGCUUGUCCGCCAGAAGAUGUUGUACAGAUCUCUGACAGGUUGAAGAAACUCAAGGAUCUGUGGAAUGAUACAAAAGAUAGAGCUCAGAAAAGAAAGGACAAGAUGGAUGAGCAUUUACACAACAUUGAUGAGUUUCAUGGAACACUGAAGAACUUCACUGAUUGGCUGAAUAAUGCUGAAGUUGCCAUACGUGCAUUUAAAUACCCUAGCAAGAUUGUACAUAGAGUGGUCAAACAGAUGGAAGAACAUAAUAAAUUGAAAAUGGAACUAGAUGCCCAGAUUGAAAGAAUGCACACACUUGAUAGGACUGGUACCUUCCUCAAAUAUUUCGGUCGUAAGCAGGAUACCAUUUAUAUAAAAAAUCUAUUGGUUGGUAUCCGGCUUCGAUGGAAGAAAUUGUUGAGAAGAACUGAUGAAAGGGGAAGGCUUUUCAAACAGGCUUACAAGGAGGAUAAAAGGUUCCAUGAUGCUUGGAAGUCACUUUGUGAUUGGCUCGAUGAAAGUUCACCAAAACUUGCCAGAUUUAUGUCCCCUGGAUAUGCAUCCAAACAGGAUGUAGAGGAACUGAAGGAUUCCGCUACACAAGAGCUUGAGAGGUUCCAGCAUCAGCUUGCCUCCAAACACCCUGCAUUUUAUUCGGCUUCCCGUCUUGGUCGUAAUCUGAAGGACAGAUGCACCAAAACCGAUCCUGAGCGCGAGGAACUGCAGCAGAUGCUAGAUGAUCUAAAAAAUAAAUGGAAUUCUGUUCGUUCUGUGGUAUCAAAGAGUCAAAACAAACUGGACGAGGCCUUGUUGACAUCGGGGCGUGUUGCAGACGCCCUCAGUUCUAUGCUGGAAUGGCUAAGCAAGGUACAAUCCAGUCUCGGAGAGGAUCAGCCAAUCCUCGGCGACCUUGACACAGUCAGCAUGCUGAUUGAACAGCAUAAGGCACUGCAGCAGGAGCUGGCAGCCAGGGAGCAGACGGUCGCUGCAAUGAAAGCCUCGGGUAACUUGCCGCCCAUACAGAUGGAGGAAUUGAACAGUCUGUGGGAGGCAGUGAACAUGCUGAGUGAAGUGAGGGAAGCUAAACUCAAAGAAUCAUUACAGCUGGCUGAAGAGUUCCAGGGAGUUGUCCAGGUGAUGAGAGAGUUUUUACCACAAGCUGAGGCUGAACUCAAGUUCAAGUCUUUACCAGAAGAUGAAGUUGCAAUCAUUCAGCUGAUAGAAAAACAUGAGAAAUUCCAAGCAGAGUUAAGAGAUCACCAGGAAGGAGUGGAUAAAAUCAAAUUACUAGCCGAAGAAAUCUUGCUCAACUGCCAUCCAAAUGCCAUCCGAUUUGUCAAAUAUUAUCUUACCAUUACACAAACAAGAUGGGAUCAGUUACUACAGCGUGCAAAAUCAAGGGAACACAGAUUACAGGAUGCAUUACGGGCGAUACAAGGCAACGCAGCUUUGGUGGAGGAGCUUCUGUCAUGGUUGACAGAUGCUCAGGUGCUAUUAUCUACCAAAGAAAAAGAUCCUAUACCAGAUGAUGUAGGUGUUGUAGACACAUUGUGUAAAGAGCAUGCUGAAUUUCAUGAGGAUAUAAACAGUAAGAAUGCUGAUGUUGAACGCCUUACAAAGAUUUUACAACAUGAACCAAAAUCACCUGGUGGACCAAGAAAUUUUGGAAGCCAUUCAAGAUUAAAUGAAAUAGAUGGACAUAAUCCUCGAGUGAUAGCAUUACAAAAUAGGUGGAGAACUGUUUGGAGAAUAAGUGUUGAUAGAAAGAAAAAAUUAGAAGACGCUUUAGAUACAUUGUUAGAAAUGGAGAGUAUUAAAAACUUUGACUUUGAAUUGUGGAAAGCACGAUAUUUAAAAUGGUUACAAACAAAGAAAAUGAGAAUAACAGAUUUCUUCAGAAGGCAAGACAAAGACGGUGAUGGAUUUUUAUCGAGGGAUGAAUUUGUUAAUGGAAUGUUACAUUCAGGUUUUAAAACAAACAAGACAGAAAUGAACGCUGUCUUUGAUUUGUUUGAUAGAGAAAAUAGAGACUUUAUAGAAUACCAGGAAUUUAUAGAGGCCAUGAAGCCAAAAAGACAUCAAAAGGAAAGAUUAAAAGGUGGGAACAAGAUGAUGUCAGAUACUGAACUUAUUCACGAUGAAAUUGACCGAGAGGUGGCACUUUGUACAUGUAGAAGCCCUCUGCGUGUGGAAAUGGUGGACGAGUGUAAAUAUAGGUUUGGAGAAAAAAGUACGAUUAGAUUAGUGCGAUUUUUGAACAGUUGUGUUAUGGUACGAGUUGGAGGAGGAUGGAUAACUCUAGAUGAAUUUUUAGAAACUAAUGACCCUUGUAGAGCUAUAGAAAAAAGGGUUAGCAAUAUAAGGGCAUUAAAUAAUGUUCUGGAAAACCAUUUCUAUGGAACACGAGGGAGAACAAAUUUUGAUCUCAGGAAGACACUAGGUGGCGCUGAAACACCGACAUCACCGAACGGAAAUUCCACAUUCCGUUCGCGUAGCGGGAGCGGGACUUAUGGGUAUAAAUCACGACAAAAUGACACGGGUUAUGCGUCAUCGAUAUCAUCAGCGGGAAGUUCCGGCGACAGUUCAUUACGACGUAGUAAACAGAUGACGACAUCAAUGGUAAACCUGUCCGGCAAUUCAAACAGUAAAUUUGUGAACUCGUUACGAAAACAUCCCGAUUUUGGUUCAUCCGGAAGCUUGUCCCGUUCAAAGCGUCUGAGCAGUUCAUCAUCAAAUAUCACCACUCCAACAAAACCACGCACGCCUUCAACCAGUACGGGUACACCACGUUACAUGAGCCCGCGACAACCAUUCGGGCGCUCCACAACACCAACGCCAUCAACAGCAUUUGGGCGAUCAACUACCCCGACACCUCCAAGGUCAUCUUUAUCAACUCCACGUUUAUCUUCGACGCCAAAAGCAGCACCAACAAGAUCUGGUCGACAAACACCAACAGGUAGAACUACACCAACACCAAGCGGUCGAACAACACCGACCAUGGCAAAUGGACCUAGACGUCUCCCAACUACGCCAAAAACACCAAAAGUGUAGCGUCAGAUAUGUAACUGAUAUUAUUCUAGAAUGUUCAUGUUCCAAUAGUGCCAGUAUAAACCCUUGUUACUGAAAUACAUGUGGUUAACAUACAUUUUUAAAAGUCAUUCAAGUGAGCUUGGUGCGCCAGUGAAGUUCCUGGUAUGUACAUAUGAAUUCCAAAUGGAUUUUUAAGCUUUUUACGGAGCUGCGAAUAAUGAUACAGACGAUAAUGUUUUUAAAAUGGGUAUUUUAUUUCUGAUUGGGCAUUCCAUUGUUAAAAUGCCAGUUGAAGCUAGCAAAGGUUUAGGUUAUAGUUGAUAAAUAGAGAAAAUGGAGUUACACAUUUCAGAAUGUUAAAGAUAUACAGUAUCAUGGUUAAUCUCUCGUAGGUUAUACAACUACAACCUGUACCUGUGCUGUUGGUAACAAAUGAUAGACGUUUGGAUUGAGAAAAUAAUGUGUUUAUUUAAAGAUAUCAACAUUUUUACCAGCUGGACUGACAGUGGCACAUAGUAGGAAAAACAUACACAAAUACUUAACUAUGGUCCCUGGAAAUAUAUUAUAAUGUUUUGAAAUAGGCAGUUACCUUUUGAUGCAGAAAAUGCUAGUUAAGUGUGAUUUACAUCUUUAUAUACAGACUGCUGGUCGUCUGAAAAGAAUGACUUGGUUAUGUCCUCAUUUUAUACAUUCCAAAAAAUUGUAUACCAUUCCAGAGCUUUGUAUAUUGUGAUAACCAGUCAAUUUUAUUUGUAAUUAUUUAUUUUUUGGCAUAUGAGCCGUGCCAUGAGAAAACCAACAUAGUGGGUGUGCGACCAGCAUGGAUCCAGACCAGCCUGCACAUCCGCGCAGUCUGGUCAGGCUCCAUGCUGUUCGCUUUUAAAGCCUAUUGGAAUUGGAGAAACUGUUAGCGAACAGCAUGGAUCCUGACCAGACUGCGCGGAUGCGCAGGCUGGUCUGGAUCCAUGUUGGUCGCAAAGCCACUAUGUUGAUUUUCUCAUGGCACGGCUCAUAUAUCUAAUAUAUAUAUGUAUACAUGUGGAAGGUUGUUCAAGAAAAAUUGUCUCAGAUGUUUGUAGGUUUGGUAAUAAUCCUGUGAAUUUAUUUAUUGAAACAUAUCAGAAAUUUUAUAUAUCAAAAUAUAUAGGAAUGUUUUAAGUUAUUUUUUCCACAAAUUUGUGACUGCCAUUUAGCAAUUAUCUGUUGUUAUUUUUAGAAGGUAGGAACAGCAGUUGUACAUGUUUGGGAAAUAUAAGGUACAUGUACAAGAUUUGUAACAUACAUUUCUUACACGACUAUUAAAGUUAGGUUUUCUAACAAGUUUGCGUAUGCAUUUUUAUUUUUGCACGGUAACUAAUUUUAGAAUUCCUUAAUCAAGGUUUCAAUUGUUAAUUGAGAUAGCUAUUCUAAAAAUGUCUGAUUUGUCUUACCAGCCCUUUUGAUUACAGUGGAGGCUUCCUUUUCACAAGAAGGAAGAGUUCAUUUCAGAAAUAAAGGGUUGACAGGAUCAGAGUGUGUCAUUUUAAAGUUCUUGUAAAUAUGUAAAUUAUAUAAUUAGGAGUAGGUUCAAGAAGAAGCUGUAUAUAGCUUAGGAGUGUAGCUUCCAAGGUGAUUUUAAACAGCAAAACAGAGUCUUUUUUGCCUUAGUAUGCAAACUUUGUACAUAUUUUACACAAUAUUGUCAAUUGAUAUUAUACAUUUUUGUCAUUUCACUGUUAAGUCAUCCGUCAUUUUCAUAUGCACGUUAUUUUUAAAACAUAUCAAAACUUUUAUAUUCUUUGCCAUAUUCCACUCCAGUUAUUUCAGUAUACACUGAAGUUCACCAUUUUAAGGCUGUAAGACUUAAAACAUUUACUUGCCUCCAGUAAGGAAAAUUUUGAAGACUGGGUUUUGAAUCUGUUGUUUCCUGUAGUAUACAGUUGAAGAUUAAACAGUAUUUUUGUUGUUCAAUGACUUGAGUAACAAUCAAAGGAAAACACAAGCCAGUUCUAACUGGUUUAUUUUCGUAUUGAUAGAAGUAACAAGUACUAGUAUAUGUACUGAUUUUCUGUUGUUUACCUUAGCAAUUACAUUGAUAUGGAAAUUGAAACUUUUACCUAUUAAAAAAAACAGUAAAACUUCAAUGGCUCCAAGUUUCAAGGGGAUGAAUUGUGCAAAAUGUUCAAACUGUCUUAAAUUUUGAGUAUAUUUAAACUACAAGGAAAAUGGUUAGUGUUCCCAUGAAUUAUUCAUUCAUAUGAUUUUUUUAUGUAAGCCCAUUUGCCCAAACUGGAGCCAUUGAGGCUUGAGCGAGCUGGGUUUCACUGUAUAUGUAUCAAAUGUUUUUAACAAGUUCUUAAUUUACAUAAAAUAAGUGGUCCAUAUUUCAUUAUCUAUAUUUUCAAGAAAAUGAUAUUGAGGUUUAUAUUCUUGGAUCAGGACAUUAGAAUUUAUCAUGGUUUAAAGAAAAAAUAGCUCAUAUGGAGGAAAGUUGCCUUAAAAUCUGUUGCUCACCUUACAAUUUCCAUACUGUUUCAUUUAGAAAUACUUUACACAUGCUUUUUACUAUGUAUACUGUUAAAUAUUGUUACACAUACACUAAAUCUCUUCAGAGCAGAGACGAAAAUACAAUUUCACUGUGAUACUUUAAUAGGUUGUUCAUUUUAUAAGAUUGAGUUUUAUUCAGACCUGGUUGUAGACAAUUGGUUUAUGUAAUUCUUUGUAGAAAUUGUGGAAAAAAAAAUUGUGAUCUCUGCGCUUGACUAUGCAUACAGUUGGAUUUGUACAUGCCAUACAAGAAAUACACUAUAUAAUGUUCUGUUUGAUAAAUUGACACAAAUUGAAAAAUUAGGCACUGGUUUUUACUGUAGAUGUUUAAUGCGUUAAAAUGUAAAUGACCUGAUAAUUUUGAGACAUGCAUAAAUAUAUAAUUUAUUAAUAAGGUUUGAUUGUUUCAGGCAAUAGUAUGUUUUAAUGUAACAGAAUGCGAUAAAACUGUGACAAAACUGCAUGCAAGUCUGAUUUGCACAUGUGCUAGUCUUGACUAAUCAGAUUAGGCAUGUGCUAGUCUUGACCAAUCAGACUACACAUGUGCUAGUCUUGACCAAUCAGAUUACGCAUGUGCUAGUCUUGACCAAUCAGAUUAGGCAUGUGCUUGUCUUGACCAAUCAGAUUACACGUCUGCUAGUCUCGACCAAUCAGAUUACACUUGUACUUUGAUCUUUCUAUUGCUUUUAUCGUUCAUUUUUUGACCACUGUUGAUUGUAAGGUCUCUCUGUGAGCAUAUAUAUGCCUUGUUGUUACACAAUAUGCUGGUAUCUUUUAAAUCACAACAUAAUCUCACAUAUAUAUGUCAGAACUAUAUUUAUUUGGUUCCAUGUUGAACCAAACUUAACAUAUCGUAUUUUAGGAAUAGGGAAACAGCAUAAAUUAUUGGCUGUUUUUGUAUACAAAAUGUUAAUAAAAUGUAUACAAAUUUA